UAAAUAUUAAUUAUUAUUAUUUUAUAUAUAUAUAUACAUAUAUAUAAUAUAAAAAAAGUUGUUGCAUAUAAUGGAAGAAUAUCCACCUAUUAAUAUUCGUUUAGCAGUAAACAGAGCUGAUUUAAAUUUAUUAAAAAAUAAAGAUAUACAACCUCGAAUAUAUACUCCCGGAGAAGAAAUUUCUAGUCAAUCUGAUUUCUUAAGAGGACAUGGAACAUAUGUAGAUGACGAAAAUACAUUACGUGCAUCUGUAGCUGGUAUUUUAGAAAAAGUAAAUAAGCUUAUUUCGAUAAAACCUUUAAAAGCACGUUAUCAAGGUGAAAUAGGAGAUGUAGUUGUUGGACGUAUAACUGAAGUACAACAAAAACGAUGGAAAGUUGAUACAAAUUCCAAACUUGACUCUGUAUUAUUACUUUCCAGUGUUAAUUUACCAGGUGGAGAAUUGAGAAGAAGAUCAGCUGAAGAUGAACAAACUAUGAGACGUUAUCUUCAAGAAGGAGAUUUAAUUUGUGCAGAAGUACAAAGUACUUUUGUAGAUGGUUCUCUUUCAUUACAUACUAGAGUUUUAAAAUAUGGUAAAUUAUCUCAAGGUAUAAUGUUGAAAGUUUCACCAGCUCUUAUAAAACGGAAAAAGACACAUUUUCAUACUUUAGAAAAUGGUGCAAGUUUAAUAUUAGGGAAUAAUGGUUAUAUAUGGAUUGGAGCUAGUAGACAAGAUACUGAUAGAUCAGAAGGUGGUUUCACACAGGACUUGUCAAGAAUUCCUCAAGUAAACCGUGAAUAACUUGGAAACGACAAAGUUACAUACCAAAGAAACAUGGAUGCAUGUUUUACUGCAUUUGAUAAAGAUGGAGAUGGAUAUUUAUCUAUUACAGAAUUUGAAUUUAUUUGUCGUGCAUUAUUUCGCAAUGAUCGUGGAAAAGUAUACAAUGUUGAAGAAAAUCAAUUAAAAGAAAUAUAUUCAGUAUUUGACUUGAAUGGAGAUGGAAAAAUUGAUAGAGAAGAAUUUGAAAUAUGUUGGAAUCGUUGGAUUAAAAUAUGCACCCGUCCAAAAAGUGCAUUUUUAAUUGUGGAUGUUCAAAACGACUUUAUAACAGGUUCCUUAAAUAUUAAACAAUGUGCUGCACAACAUGAUGGUUCAGAAGUAAUUGAACCAAUUAAUCGUUUAUUGGAAACUGUACAAUUUGAUGCAGUAUUUUAUUCUCUUGAUUGGCAUCCUAUAGAUCAUGUAUCUUUUAUUGAUAAUUUACAUCUAAGAGAAAUUGAUCCCAGUAGUGGAAUCUCAAAAGAAACAGUACAAGUUUAUGAUACCAUAACAUUUAGAGGUCCACCAUUAUUAAAACAACGUCUAUGGCCUCGUCAUUGUAUUCAAGAUUCUUGGGGUGCUGAACUUCAUAAAGAUCUAAAAAUUAUAGAUAAUGCAAUUAAAAUAUAUAAAGGAACUAAUUCAGAAGUAGAUUCAUAUUCAGUUUUUUGGGAUAAUAAAAAGAUGAUGGAAACAAGUUUAUCUUCGCAAUUACAAGAAAAGGGAGCAACUGAUAUAUACAUAUGCGGAUUAGCCUAUGAUGUUUGUGUUGGAGCAACAGCUGUAGAUGCACUUACAAGCGGUUAUCGAACUAUUCUUAUUGAUGAUUGUAGUCGAGGAGUAGAUCUUGUUGAUAUUGAAAAAACUAAAGCUACUGUUAUAGCUAAUAAUGGAGUAAUUGUAAAUUCAAGUCAAGUAAAAGCAAUGGUUGAAGGAAAAGAUCGCCGACCAGAACUUGGAUAUAAGUUAGCUAUAGAAAUUAAACAAAAAUUAACUUUUGUAGAUGACGAUAAUCAAUAAUUUUAUUUUCUUGUAAUUUAAAAAAUAGUACAAAAUGUUAUACAAACAUUAGAU